AUGGCUGCGAGUGAGCCGUCAAGAUACCUGGCAAGGUCAUUGCCGCGGGCUAUUGUCCCUUCUGCCCGCGCGCAGGGCCUCUGUUUACGGCGCCAUGCCUCAGACCAGGCGUCCCCCAAGUCGUCCUCCGCUCUCAGUGAGCUAGAGUCGGACGGUCUUCUGAAGGGCACAGUUGCACCAGAAGACGUUGCGAAGUCAUUCGACCCCGUUGCACGGGCCAGAGCACGAAAAUCCCAGCUUCCACGGAGUCGAUAUCAAUUCAGAUCGCCAAAGUACGAUCGCGGUCCAUUGCACCCUCACAGACCUCCUCCCCCUUCCGAUCCCUCUUCUCGACUCUUCGUGCCGGGCCCCUUCUCUCUUACGAGAGUCGAACAGACCCACGAAUCAACCAUCGCCUCCGACAUCCUCACCCUUUGCUAUGUUCACAACCCACCGGGAUUCCAGCCUCCACCCAAGGCACCUCGGCUUCGUUCAUGGGAUGACAGCUCACCCUACCACAAGAAUCGAACUCUCCGCGGGCCUCGUGGCGGCGACGUACUCCGACUCCUUCGCAAGCCAAUCACCUUCAACAACGUUCCCAAGCUCGAGCGGAUCACAAUCCACACGUACGUCAAGGAGGCCGCAAAGGAGCACUCUGGAUGGCUUCACGUAGCUGGUAUGGCGCUACAAGCUAUCUCAAAUGUUAAGGUGCAGACAUACAAGUCUAGGACCAGUCUUGCCAAGUGGUACAUUUCUCCCGGUAGAGAUUCCGUGGCCGCUAAGGCGGAACUGCACGGAGAGACCAUGGAGCACUUCUUUGGAAAACUGGUUGACAUCCUGAUGCCCCGCCUCAAAGAUUGGCCGGGUGUGAAGGGCACCAGCGGUGAUAGCAGUGGAAACAUCACGUUCGGUCUGGAACCGGAGCAGGUCGCUCUAUUCCCGGAGAUCGAGGUCAACUACGACAUGUACCCGCCCAAGAUGAUUCCUGGUUGCCACAUUACCUUCCACACAUCCGCCAAGACAGACAAGGAUGCUCGUCUGCUCCUCAGUGCCAUGGGUGUCCCAUUUUACGGAAAGCUCGUCGACUAA